AUGCGGACCAUUCACAACGACGGCAUGGACAUGUGCACCAUUGCAGAGUUCCUGGCGUUCAACAAGUGGAGCGAGGUGAUCGUCAUCCACAGUGACAACCGCUUCGGCCGCAACGGCAUUGCUUCGCUCAACGGCUAUCUCUCCACACAGCAGCAAUGGAAGGUCAGGAUCGCGACACGUGUGCCGAUCAAGACGUCAUGGUCGGUGGCGGACACAGCAGCAGCGCUGGGGGCAGUGGAGCGGCUGGACCCGGCGGUCUUUGUGGUGCAUGCCGCUGCUGCCCUCUGCGCCGUCAUCUUCUCUGCUGGUGCGCUCUCUGCUUCUGCCCUCUGCUUCUGCUCUCUUUCUGCCCUCUGCUUCUGCCCUCUGCGCUGUCAUUUCUCUGCUUCUGACCUCCGCUGCUGCCCUCUGCGCCGUCAUCUUCUCUGCUGUCAGUUUGUCAGUCAGUCCUGCACCCUGGUGGCCUGUUACACCUCUUACCCCGCCAUCUCUCCUCCGUGCUCUAUGGCAGCACCAGGGUCUUCCAGUAGGGAAAGCGAGCUCUCUGUGCUUCGAGCUGCCUUUCUUUCCUUCCCCUCCUCUCCUCUCCCUCAUCUCCCUCCUCACGCCUCCUCUCCCUCCUCACACCUUCGUCCCCCGCAGGAGCCCAAGUCGUACACGCUAGCAGCAUACGAUGCCACGUACCUCAUAGCCGCCUUCCUUCCCCUCCUUCCCUCCCCCCUCCUUCCCUCCCCCCUCCUUCCCUCCCCCCUCCUUCCCUCCCCCCUCCUUCCCUCCUCCCUCCUUCCCUCCCCCCUCCUUCCCUCCCCCCUCCUUCCCUCCCCCCUCCUUCCCUCCCCCCUCCUUCCCUCCCCCCUCCUUCCCUCCCCCCUCCUUCCCUCCCCCCUCCCUCCCUCCCCCCUCCUUCCCUCCCCCCUCCCUCCCUCCCCCCUCCCUCCCUCCCCCCUCCCUCCCUCCCCCCUCCCUUCCCUCCCCCCUCCCUUCCCCUCCCUGCCCUCCUUCCCCGCCAGGAGCCCAAGUCGUACACGCUAG